AUGUGGGCAGAUUUCAAAGUUUGGUCUGAGACCCUGUUGGUGCAGAGCGAGGUCUUCCAAGGGGAGGCCGUGCUGGUCCACUCAGAGGAGCUGGAGAGGCAGCGGACCAUGGGGGACCGAUGGUUGGGCUCGGCUCUGCAGCUGCUCCACAGACACUCUGCUCCAGACUCUGCUCCGUCACCACAGAACCAGACCUUCACCCAGCUCCAGAACCUCCACAGACACUCUGCUCCAGACUCUGCUCCGUCACCACAGAACCAGACCUUCACCCAGCUCCAGAACCUCCAGGCCGAGCUCCACACUCGCAUCAGCCACCACAUCACCGGGGAGAACGGAGUCCACCGCCAGCUCCAGUCUCUCUCUGACGCCGUUGCCUCCUGGUUUUCCACCGUGACUGAGCUGAAGGACCAGCCUCACAAAGCUCUGGACCUGGACACACUCAAGUUGGAGAAGUCGCUCGAGCUUUGGCAAAGUCUGGUGGAAAAAAUCUUACAUCUCAUUCUGUCAGAAGUGAAAGCAGAGGACCACACCAUCGAACCGCUGCUGUACACAGACGCAGAGCAGGUCGCACACAAAGUCCAAGCGUUUGUAGAAAAUCUGUGCAGCUUCAUUGACUCCGAGAAUCAAACUGUGGAUCGAGAGUUGGCCGCUGUCCACACCCGUCGCACUCGCUGGAUGCUGGACCUGCUUCUGCUCCUGAUCCCAGACAGAGAGGACCAGAGGGAGGACCAGAGGGAGGACCAGAGGGAGGACCAGAGGGAGGACCACCCCAGUGUGCCACAGCUGGAGGAGCAGGCUUCCCUCCUGUCCCAGAGAGUGCAGCGUCUGUCUGGAUACUUCACCAGAACUUGUCAGCUGAUUUACGAAGAGCAGAACUUGAGCAACCCGUCGCUGCAGGAGGAGGCGGACACUCAGGUGGCAGAGUGUCUGCAGCUGCAGAAUGAAUGCACAGAUUGGGUGGACACAACUAGAAUCCUCCUGGUGGGUCUGAAAAUGCCUUCUUUAGAGCUGCAGGCGGCCGAGGACGAGGAUGUGACAUCACAGGAAAACGAGGCCGAAGACAAACAGGAAAAUAAGGAGGAACUGAGUCGGACCGAAGCAGAGCAGAGGGCGCCCUCGGGUCACCACAGCCCCGUGUUGGAGCUGAUCUCCAGUGAUCGCAGCAUCGUGCAGAAGAAGCUGGAGGAAAACCUGGUCCCGCUGCCCACGAGCGAGGAGCUGGUCGUGGCUCCUGUCACUGAAGAGGCCCAGAGAGCGUUCACUGAACUCACCACAGCGGGAAUACUGCAACGAGAACUACUUGCGUCAGAGGAGCAGGUGCAGAGAGCCCAGCAGAGGGCGCUAGAGGCUGAGGAGGCUCUGCAGGAGGCGCUGCUGAAGAUCCAAGAGCUGGAGACAGGAGGACGAAGCCCAGAGGAGCAGACAGAGCAGACCCCGGAGACUCAGACCGAGAGGGAGGAGCCUGAGCCGCCCGCCUCUUCAUCAGCUGUGACUCCAGUAAGAGUGAAGAAGACUCCUCCUCCUCAGGCCGGCUCCAGGAAGAACAGGAGGCGCUGA